CAGCGAUCGGCGGUGCGCUGUGUCCCUCGGACACAGCGGAUCACCGAUCACGGAAAGAGCCGAAGAUGUCGGCUCGGUCAUGUGAUCAGCUGUGUCCAAUCACAGCUGAUCACAUGGGGACAUGUACACUGAUCAUCAGGGCACUGAUGAUCAGUGUGUCCUGAUGAUCAGUGUAGCCCCAGCAGUGCCACCUGUCAAAGUCCAUCAGUGCCAGCUGUCAGUGCCGAUCAGUGCCACGUGCCAGUGCCUAUCAGUGCCACAUCAAUGCCGCAUACCAGUGCACAUCAAUGCUACAUAUCAGUGCCCAUCUGAGCUGCCUUUCAGUGUCAUCCAUCAGUGCCAGUCAGUGCCACCUAUCAAU